AUGGCGUUGGUUUGCAUUCUGCCGUUUGGCAUGGAAGUCGGGCGCAAUGUCCUGGAUACCUUUGAAGCAUCGGGGCAAUCUGGCCCGUCAUGUCGAAAGCGUUCUUGUCUUGUAACCCGUCAUCUGCAACUGGCCACGGUCGGCAGUCCCUUUUUCGCUGGGGAUUAG